AUGUUGCAGCACCUGAAAGCGGCCAUACGAUCCUUCAGAAGACUUUCGAGCGUCAAAUGGAAACUGGGGUUCCAUUACCCUUCUUGGUUUCCCGAAAUUGUCGCAACUGAUCUCAGCGAUUCAUCAUUGACCGAAUUUGCUGUCACUUUGACUUCUCACUACAACUCAUCUUUCGACCUCCCUACGCUUCCUAACUUGCGCUCUUUUUCGAUCUCCCUUCCUACUUCAUGUUGGGAUCAACCUGCCAUUGUACCAGCCGUCGCUCGGUUGAUCGCCCAAUCUCGACACCUCAUCCGUCUGGAAAUCGAUAUCCCAACAGCGUCAAUUUUGGAGAUAUUCACCUCUGUCAACACCAGUGGGGCGUGCCUCGCUCUUGGACACCUGAGUCUGAAUCGCAUAGGGGUAACACAGGAAGCGAUUACUGCCACCCUUCCCCAUUUGACGAAGCUGGUGUCUUUGAAACUUCUGAGAAAUCCGGAUAGGAAAAUAUGGCUGAAAUCCAUUGCAACUGACUGUGGGUCGGAUAAAUCCUUUCAAUCCUACGUCCGGGUUGCCCCUGGGAUAGAGACCCUCGUAUUGCAGGCAUCCGGAAGCCACCAACCAAUCGUCCAAGAUGGACAGUCCGCUCCGAUCUUGAUUAGUAUCCUGGAGGCAACUUCUCCCUACCUGGCCAAAUCCCUUGUGGAACUCGUCAUCAUGUCGUCGACCAUUCAAUACCCUACAGGCUGGAACUGGCCCUACGAUGAUCAGCUGCUCAAACUCUUGGCUUCAUUGCAUCGACUCGAGCGCCUUGGAGUUUACGUUGACUAUUCCUACUGCGGAGCAUCCGAGUUGAGCAAAUAUAUGGGGGAAAGAAUUAUCGAUCCUUUUUUGAAGAUGGCAAACGACUUUGCGAAUCUCAAAACCCUCAUCCUGGCUUUUCAUUAUCCGAGCUAUGCUCCUGACUGGGAACGCGAAGCGAUCAAGACCCAAGUGAAAGACACUAUUCGAGCUCAUCCUAUCGUAUCUGCCCCUUCCAAAGCAUGUUUCAUCGAGUUCGAAGAUGCCGUUUACGCACUUCGUCGAUCACCUGAACCCACUCUUUUCCACCCCUAUGGAACAUAA